AUGCGUACUUUAUUUAUUUUGGUUUUGUUAAUUUUUUUAAUUUCGUAUGUCGAAAAUAAGCGUGUCAUGGACGAGAUGUACAUAACAUUCAAUCGUGCACGUUAUUGUGUACGUCGUGUCAAUGCUACUCAUGAAAUUGGCUGUCAAUCAUCUUCCCGAGGAAAUUCCGGUCGAAUGCAUAUGAUUGACGAUGAAAAUGAGUUUCGUUCGUUUCUCACAAAUAAAAAGACACUCGAUUCGAUUGGUAAAUUCAUUAUUACUCUCAAUAUUGAUCUAUUCGAUUCUGAACAUAUGGAUGAGUUAAUGACACGUCUUGAUACCAAAUUAAAUGGUCUUUUAGUCUACUUAAAAUCAAACCUAACUCGACCUGGAGACUUUUCUCCAGAUGAUCAAUGUCCCAAUCAUCGUCAUUCGUACUAUCUAAACCAAACACAAGCAGUUAAUUGGAAUCCGAAAGGCAACGGACUAUUUUUCCGUUCGUUUCCAUUUCCAAUAAUGUUGAUUGAUGAAGAAGACGAUUAUAAAUUGUUACUAAGCUAUUAUCAACGGUUUAAUAGUAGUCAAUCCACUUCGUCUUGUGGUUUAGAAUUGAAAACAUUUCAAAAUGCUGCACACACAUCGAAAACAUGUAUGCGUCGAGGUGAAAUUUCACAUUCGUUAAUCGAUGAGGCCGAAACACUUUGUGAUCCGGUUGGCGGCUUGAAUAUAUACAGUAAACUACCUGAACCAUUGACCAUUAUGCCGAAACAGCGACCCCUGAAAUCGGUUAUAUUAAUAUUAGCAACAACGGAUAGUUUUCAAAUGUUCUUAAAGGCAAAUGGUGCAACAGGUGGUGCCCAACAACCAGCCACAUCACUUAUCGCAUUUCUGUCACUUGCCCAUCUGAUGGGACAAGCACAAGAAGAUUUGAAUAAGGUCGAGAAAGAAAUUAUAUUUGUCACGCUCGAUGGCGAUGCUCUGGAUUAUUCAGGUUCAUUCCGAUUUAUGUACGAUAUGGAAAAUAACUAUUUUCCGACUGAUAGUAAAGAUGAAGAACGUAUUAGAAAAGAACACAUUCAUUCGGUUAUUGAAUUUCAAGCAUUGAGUUUUACUAGCCAACUUUCCGAAAGUAAUCUUUAUGCACAUCCAUCCAAUCUGGCCAACGAGACGUUUAUUAAUAGUUUGACAAAUAGAACGUCAACAAUUGUUCCAAUGCCACGUGAUGCUCCUCUUCCACCGGCAUCUUCACAAAUCUUUCUACGACAGACAUCGUCAUCAUUCUUUCCUGUGUAUAUCUUGACGUCAACUAAUCAAAGUCAAUUGUCAAAUCGUUACUAUCAUUCAUUCUUUGAUGAUCCAUCAACAUUAUCAAUCAAUAUUUCAUCAUUAGAAUACAACACAACAACUGAUUUUAGUCAAUGGAUUAAAUCUCUUGUUGAACCAUUGGCUCAGACUCUCAUUGAAACGACAACUGGUCUGAACAAAAACAUCACUAUCGAACAAGAAAUUAUCAAUAACCUUGUGUAUUGUGUUUUGAAAAACAUCAACUGUCCUCUGAUUCAUAAUGUCAGCAACGAAACUUCUGGUAGUUCAUUCGACGCAUUCAAUCAAACAUCUUUGCCUUUUUCCGUCAAUACUUAUCCGACAGCCACUACACCGACAUUUACAUUUGUUCGAAACACUCUCAGUUAUUUCUUACGUGAUCGCACAUAUGAUGCACUAAAUUUGACUGAAACGGCAUGCAAAGAACAAGGUAAAAACGAUAGCUUUCGAUUGUAUCGAUUCGUUGGUGGAUAUCCACCAUCAAUAUCAACGGAGGAGAAAUUCUUGGGUUAUUGUGUGCGAUCGUACUAUCGAUCUGCUUACUCAUCAUCUCCGGCAUUUGCCAUUGAUAAGUAUGAUUUAGCAGAUACAACAUAUCCAGCAUGGUCUGAAAGUCGAUGGUCAACGAUUAGUUUACGAUUAUUUAUCAUUCCGACCCAAUCACAUGAAAUAAUCACUCUUGUUAUUGGUAUUCUACUGCUUUCAAUUUCUUUCAUUGCCUUCUUCUUCUUACGGUAUUUUACAAAACUAAGUCUCUUGCAGCCCUCUUCGUCCUAA